AAUAUAUUUUAACUUGGAUUCCUAUGGGUCGUUAGAUUGCUAGCUUUCAAAGCUAAUUUUAUCUUUUAAAGAAGUUCUGAAAACACUGUUGUUUUACCAUGGCAUACUAAAAAUUUAAAGAAUUCCAAAUAUUUGACACUUGAUGCCAUCUUCUGGAGAAUGUGAUAGAAAAGGUUAUUAGCAAUAUUCUCCAGAUAGUGCCUGAUUAGAUGUUCGACCUUAUACAAUUAAUUACCAUUAUCCGAUUCGUAUGACUCUCCAGACGUUUACUUCUACAAUUCAAUAAUGCAACCGGCAAACAGAUAUCGGACUUACUCGCUUCAAGUGAGCCAAGGGCAAGGGGCGUUUCCGCAAAGUUUAAGCGGUAGUGAGACUGACGUAUCUACUUCAAACGAGAAUCUCUCAAAUGAAGAAAAAUACGUCAUUCGGCAUACUCCAAGGCAAGAACCGCAAGGACAAGAGAAUCUCCAAGCUAGCAAUAGAAGCUCUCUAAGAGACAGUUUGCCGUCAAAUCGCAGUUCGCUAGAUGUAUCAUCUUCUUCAUAUAACACACUAAUAAUUCACAGUGCUGGAGAUGAACCUUGGACAGGAAGAAAUUCUGGCGCAACUUCAUCACCCCACAGUUACCUUCACCAACAGCCAAAUUUGUAUAGUGAUACAAAAUUGUCAUCUGGUCAGAAAAGGAGUUCUGCAUCACCGUCUCCUUCUAUUACUAGCACAGGUGUGCAAGAAAUAACUGAAAUCCCCGAUGAUUAUCUCAGCCAAUCUAGCGUUUUAAAGCAUCUAGCCAAAGAAGUUAAAGUACCAUCUCCAAGCAACACAGUUAGUCAUGAAACCAUUCACGACCUGAUAGGCCGAUUUGAUACAGCUUCAUUUGAUAUUAACAACAUACCAGCACCAAUAGAAUACUCUAAUAAAUGGGCAGACAAAUCGCCACUACAAGCUGCUGUCAAUAGCAGAAGUAAAAUAAGUAGCGACAAACUGGCAUUGUCCAAGUCUCAACCUGAUUUGACUUCAGUUGGCAUUGGAAAAUCCGAUUUUACAGGAUUUAGAAGGGGAGUAUCAGCUCCAAGGCCACCAACCAAAGGAAGAGAGGAAAACGACUCUAAAAAUGAAGAAGUAUGGCCUUCCUCAGAAAUGGUGGAAAUCCUAAUAAAAGAAAACAGUGCACUCAAACAUGAACUGGAAAAUUGCUAUCAACGAGUUGAGAAAACUCACAAAUUGGAACAAGAGAUCUUAAAAAUUCACAAAUCCCAGGAAGAAAUUGUACAAUCGUGCGAACGACGGGAAAGAUUAGAACGCGCAGCCAGGGCUAGACUACAAGCUGAUAGUCGGCGAUAUCAAGAGCUAAAUAGAGCCUUAAGAGAACAGGUGGAUCUACUGUCCACUCAAGUUCUCAGCAGGUCUCCUAUUCCUGAUUCGAACGGUGCCGAUGGCUUAAGAAGAGAGCUCAACAAACGAGAAGGGAUUAUUAAGCAAUUGAUUAUGCAAAGCAAAGAAUUAGGAGCUGCCAAAGAGAGACAAGAAAUCGAACUUGCUGCACAAAGAGCUACACUUCAAGAACAAAGAACGCACAUUGAUAUAUUGGACACUGCUUUAACAAACGCUCAAGGAAAUGUAGUGCGACUUGAGGAAGAGAAUCGAAAAAAACAAGGCUACGUCGAGCGAGUAGCGCAGUUGCAACGGGCCUUGUAUUCUCUUCAAGUGGCAAGUGACCGACGGGAGGACACUGAACGAAAAUUACGAUUACAACUCGAAAUCGAGUUGCAGAGAACAAAAGUAGUCCGAGGUUCCAUUUUCUUAGGUGAACGUAAAAGCGGUUGGGAUUCACCCAAUGGGUCUGGAAGCGAAUCAGCUUCAGAACUGAAACGACAACUAAGAGAAAAGGAUGAAAAUAUUAUGAGACUGGAAGGUGAAUGCGCUAAAUGGGAACAGAGAUAUUUGGAGGAAAAUGCUUUGAGGCAGGCAGCUAUUGACGCUGCCAGCAUUCCAAAAGACGCUAAGAUUGCCGCUUUGGAGAAAACUAGCCAAGAAACAGAAAAAAUAAUUGCUGAAGCAAGAAAUGAAAAAAUUAGACACAUGGAUGAAGUUCAUGCUGCACAGAAGAAAGUUGCCGAUUUAGAAUCUAGAUUGAAAGAUUUGGAAUCUAAGUUAGCAGAAAAAGAUGCAAUGAUCAGAGUGCUUCAAAAGCAUACAUACGAUAAAGAUGUUUCGAUGUUGGGACGGUCGCCUCAUCAUACUCCUCAUUCUAGUUUAGGCGGUACUGAUAUCGAUCUUGGCCUCGGAGCGACUGUUUCCCGAGAAGAAUUAGUCAGCAGCGUUUUGACUAAUUCGACAGCCUACGGUUCGGGCAAUUCGUACACUGGUAGCGAUACCUCGUACCAUAUGGCGACAUACAGUCAAUACGAUACAAACAAAAAUUUCGAUGCCACCAAGAAACAGUUGGACAAUCAGCUGAAAGAAAUUGACAGUCAGUUGGACACUCAGCUCCUAAGCAAGCGCGGCCUCUGCUGUUUUCCAGGACUCCCUAAUCCAAUCUCUACACAGAGAAAAGGCAAAUUACCCAAGCCACUACUGGCGAGUGUGACAGCAGCCAAUGAAAGACAACCUUUUGACGGUGGAAAUUCAACGUUCUUCACAUCGUCCAGCCGCCACGAAAGUGGAGAAAUGCUAUUACUGGAGAAGCAAGGACGUACAUCUCAACAACAACGAAUGACUGAACCCAGUGGCAUGAAUAACGGUCAAGAAAGUUCGAAUAUUUGCCCGUCGCCCAGUUCAUUACCUCGCCCACCGCGUUCUUCACAUCGCUCCGGCCUGCCGCGAAGAAUCGGAGACUACAACAGGUUGGAAAAUACAGAACCUGCGCGCAAAAACUCAAAUGGUGGCGACUCUCUUUCGUCAAACGCCAGUUCAAGGCGCCCUUCUCCCGCUCGCUCUUUAAUUCAGCCCCCAAGGAAGCUUGGAGAAUACGGUAGGCUAAGCGAGAGUGGUGGAAGUUCUGCCAGUCUUCGAAAAUAUUCUACUAGAGUGAGAAGUGGAAGUACUGGGGAAAGAGACUCGGCGUCAACGCUUAGCGAGAAUUCAGCUAGUUCUCUACCAACUCCUUCUAAAGUACGUAUGUACGGAGGUGGUUUGAGGCGAGGUAAUUCUCUGGGACGCGAGGCCAAAAGCUCAGCUGACCCUAGCAAGUAUAGGAUUCAGUUCUGAGGCUUCUCUAUAAUGAUCAAUUUGUAAACUUGGAGAUGUAAAUAUGGACCUUACUUCGCUGUCGUCGACGCUGCCAAAAACGGUUAUUUUUUAUACGCUCGUUCUCUCUAAAUGUAUCGUUUUACAUUAUAGGUAGUCAAGUUUUCAUCUCCAAGAUAUUUUCCGAUGGUGCGAACUUAUUUACAUGAUAUGUAUGCCCGAAAAAUCGAAAUUAAGACUAUUCUGUGCCUUCUAGAUAUUUAACUUGAACCUGCCAAAAUGUUGAUUUCGAAAAUUCUCUACAACUAUUAGCUGAAAGUAAUGUUUUAAUUUGCUGUUUUUAUGAUGCAUUAUAUACUCUCGCUUGACUGUAAAGAUUGCCAUUUUGUUUCAUAACACCACGUUUAGUCAAUUAUCAUUUGUUUGUCAUUUUUUUAUUUUGCUGGCAAACCAGUUUUUAUGUAUGACAUGACAUAAAUACAUGACCGGUACAUUUGACCCGUUCUGUUAGGUCGCGUACCGAACUUUAAAAAUCCUGGGUUUCUUUUAUUGUCUUCUAAUGAAUGAAACUACAAAUCCAAUUCAACUUGUUUUAAAUUCGCGAAUGUAUAUGUUGUUGUUUUCCCAUUUUAAUAUGUUGAUUUUUGCACGAUUUUUUGCCGCACAGGGACCAUCAAUUUUGCUUCUAUUCUAGGUCGAAAUUUAUUUAUAGUGCAUUUGUUUGUGUGAGAGAUUGAUCUCUAAUAUUUAAAUACCAAAAAAAAUGUGCCUCUAAAUAGGAUCUUUUACAUCGAAAAUAUAUUGUAUUUUGAUGUCACUUAUCACGAAUGAAUUUCUGCACUUUUCAGUAAUGCCAUGUUUAGCAUUUGAUAUAAAUACUUUAGAUUAGAAACCUGAAGAUUUGAAAUUACAUAUUUAUUGUUUAUUUAAAUACUAAAAACUUGUUUAUUUUAUUAUUCGUUCCAAGCGGCCGAAUUUCCUUAUCGUCAUCUGCUAAAAUUCCUUUAUAAACUAUCGUUAGUUCAGUGUCUGUAGAAAGGAGUUUCUGAGCUUAAAAUAUAACGUUUUAACUAAAUUUACCUUAGUUGGCAAAA